AUGAAGUCCAUUGUCAUACUGAUUUCUUUAAUAGGCAUAACACUCCCUUCGGCGUACUCCCGCCGUGUACCGUUUUAUAGAAAAGACUACACGUACAUUGAGGAGUUUGAUGCUUUCUAUAAACUCCACUGGGACUUGAGUGGAACAAAUUGGAACUUGGCUUUCAUGGCCUGCGAUGAUGAAGGCGCCACAUUGUUCUAUCCGAAAAUCAGAGGAGAAUGGGCUUUGGUGAAGAAUUUGACUGAUAAAAUGACCGAAGAGCCAAAUGUGACAGAAAUAUUUGUUGGAUUCCACAACGAAUUUGACUUAGGAGAGUUUAUUACCGUUGAUGGUCAUUCGACACCAUAUCCACUCGAUGUUAACAGUCCUCAGAGUGAUCUAAUGGACAACUGCGUGACGAUGAACAUAGACAACGGCAUGUUUCAUGAGGAUGUUUGUAUUCGCACACAGAGUACACCCUUACCUUUCGUUUGCAAGAAAACUGACGACGAAUCAUGUCCGACUAUUGAUCGCGGUUACAAAUAUGUAAAAUCUUCUCGGAAAUGUUAUAAGAUAAACAAGAAACCGCACAUGUGGCAGGAUGCUAUGAAGACUUGUUUCAUGGAAGGUGGAAUACUGGCAGUCAUAGAGAACAGUGCACAAGCAAAGGAUGUUUAUAAUAUAAUCGAUGAUAGUAAUCAUUACUUUGUAGGAGUCCGAAGACUUUUCUCUCAAAGUGAUUACUAUACAGUGAAAGGUCAAAAAUUCAGCGAUAUGUACAUCCAGUCAUACGACAAUCCGAAUGCUGAUUGUGGAACUGUAGCAAAUAAUGGUGGUAAUGGAUAUAUCUACACUUCUACUGAAGAUUGUGGCCAAAGGCUACCGUUUAUUUGCGAGAUGGAAGCACAAAAAUAA